AUGAUCUACGAUCCGACUUGUAAUAACCUGGGUAUACGCUGUCUAAGCGCUCAAGAUGCUAACGCCAUGGUACAGCAAGUGGAUAUGGAAUGCCGGGCGACAGUAUUCUGCCUUUUCACCGUCGAACACUACUACACCGUGCCAGGACAGAUGGGACCGCGCUUCAAUGACGCGUACGCGGUGUGUAGAGGAAAUAUGCGGUGGACGCUCAUUAAUGGAACACCCAUCAUUGGAAUCGGAUGCCAAUUUCAGUGA